UGGAAGGACUCAUUGCACUUGUAAACUUUUAACCAUUUCUUCUAAUUCUUCUCACCAAUGGGGAAAUUGGUUCAUUUGAGCUCGGUUGUAUUGUUGGUAAUUAUGCUUCUCAUGCCCACAGAGAUGAUGGGUCCGAUGGUGGUGGUGGAAGCUGGGAGGAAAUGUGAAUCGCAGAGCCACCGUUUUAAGGGGACGUGCUUUAGGCAGGGAAAUUGUGCUGCUAUUUGUCAAACCGAGGGUUUUCACGGAGGACACUGCAGAGGUUUUCGUCGUCGAUGCUUUUGCACCAAACAUUGUUAAGCCCUUUAAGGACAAGUUCUUGUCUUUUAACCAUGUACGAUUUCUCCCCAUUUAUCUCAUUGGAAUAAUAAUUAAGAGGAGAAACUAAAUAAAGAGUUGUAUGGUUUGUUAUUUAA